CACACACACACACACACGCACACACACAGCCAGUUGGGCCGCAGAACAAAUUGAAUUCUUUUAAUUUUGCCCAGUUAUUGAUAACUCCCAUCGAGUGUGAAUAAUAUGAACUGUAGCCGUGGACGGGGCUAAUCGAUUGACACAUUCUCGUCCGGAUCGCAGCAACCGCAGCACUUAGCUUCCGUCGCACGCCGGGAAAGUGCCACGAGACGGGGAGACGUGAGACGUGAGAGAGAGAGAUUGGGAAAAUUAGGCGAAAAACCUGCAAAUCGGGGGAAAUGCGCUCCACCGGCGGGGAUGUUAAAUCAAUACUGGUAGUGGCCGUGAUGGUAGCGCUCCUGGCCGCUCCACUGGCAGUGCUGGCGCGGAAGCACCACCUGGAAGUGCGCAAUGACAGGCGUCCGUACAUCGCACUUAGCACCUUCGGGUUCUACACCAACGGUCACCUGGACGUGCAGCUCAGCAAGCUGACAAUCGAUGAGGAGCAGCCCACGGAUUUGUUGGGCCUGUCGCUGGACAAGACCACCAUUGACCAGCUGAAUCCGUAUCUGGACUCGCACCAGACCAAGUGCAUUCUGGAGGAGCCGCCCAAGCUGCAGACCAGUGGACCCAUACUCUUCUUCGUCCUGGAUCUCAAGGAGUUGAAAGUCCUGGUGAAAUGCUCGCCGGAAUGGACCAACAUGCACAUCUACAAGGACAUCACCGCCCGGACCAAGCGAAACUCUCGCCUAGAAAAGGUCAGUGAUUCGGUGCUGUUCCGUCAGGCGCGUGAGGCUCCGCCGCCGCCGCCCUACUUGGGCGAAGAUCCCGAUGACUCCAUGGAGGAUCCCCCAGAGCAGGAGCCGCCGGCUGACCUCAAGCUAUCCUCGCCAGCGGUGGCUGGUAAAAUAGAGUUGCCCAAGGAGGAGGUUGUGGCCCAAAAAGAGGAUUCUGCUGUCAAGAAGCCGCCUUCAGAAGUUCCUGGCCCGCCACAAGCCGCCGCUGCUGGCCAGGAAACGGAUGUCGUCAAGCAGGAUGCUGGCGUUAAAGCUGAAGUUGCACCCAAACCAGCGGAACCCGUCGUCAAGGUCACGCCCGAAAGUAAACCGGCAGAGCCUUUGGCCAAAAAGGAGGACUCAAAAAUAGCCAAGCCAACUAAGGAGGAAGCCAUAGAAGCAACCAAGGUGGCAGCACCGCCACCUGCUGGUGCUCCUGUUUCUGUUUCCGCCGCCGCCGCUGCCGCCAAGAAAGACGAGGAGGAGGACUCUGAUGCUGCCCCCGAUCAAGCCGUGAAUAACUUUUUGCCCCACGAAUCGGAUGCAGAAGAUGAUUUAUACGCAGUCAGCUCGUUCAAGCAAUCGCAGGAGGAUCUGUGCAAGGACUCAACAAUGCCGCUGGUCAAGGAAACGGAUGCCAAUGGGGUCAAUUACUACAGCUUCAACUUCUCCAUGCUGGUGGCCACGCUGCGUGACGAGGGCCUCUACAAUCUGUACUUCCAUGCCUGCCCCAACUACCAUAGCCACAGCAAGGUUAUGUCCUUUAAUGUGGACAUUGAGGAGAACAACAAUGGCAAUUACCUGUCCGCUGGCGAAAUGCCCCUGCCCGCCUUGUAUUUCAUGAUGAGCCUGCUCUUUUUCCUCUCCGGUCUCUUUUGGGUGUUUAUCCUGAAGAAGAGCAAGCACACCGUUUACAAAAUCCAUUACCUGAUGGCCGUGCUGGUGUUCCUCAAGUCCCUCUCCCUGAUGUUCCACUCGAUCAACUACCAUUUCAUUGAGAAGCGGGGCGAGCAUGUGGAGACCUGGGCCAUUCUCUACUACAUUGCUCACCUGCUCAAGGGCGCUGUGCUGUUCAUCACCAUUGUGCUGAUUGGCACCGGCUGGACGUUCAUCAAGCAUAUACUCUCUGACAAGGAUAAAAAGAUCUUUAUGAUUGUCAUUCCCCUGCAGGUGCUGGCUAAUGUGGCUCAAAUCAUUACCGACGAAUCGGACCAGAGCGACGCCGAGUUCCGCACCUGGCACAACAUCUUCUUUUUCGUAGACCUGCUGUGCUGCGGCGCCAUCCUGUUCCCGAUUGUUUGGUCCAUACGGCAUCUCCACGAGGCAUCCGCUUCGGACGGCAAGGCGGCCAUCAAUCUGCGCAAGCUCAAGCUCUUCCGCCAGUUCUACAUCAUGAUCGUGUGCUACAUAUACUUUACGCGCAUUAUCGUCGACCUGCUCCAGAUGACGGUGGUGUUCCAGUACGCCUGGCUGGACGAGAUGUUCCGCGAGAUGGCCACCUACGUGUUCUUUGUGCUCACGGGCUACAAAUUCAGGCCGGUGUCGCAGCAUCCGUACUUCGAGGUGCCCGACGAGGACGACGACGAGGUGGAGGUGCUCACCGGAUCGGGCCUGACGGAGUCGCUGCAUCGCGUAAAGCCAGUGAAUCGUAAUCAUCACCAUGGCAGCGGUUCCGGCGGCAUCACCAUCAUCGAGGGCAACGACGAUGAGCGUGAGAAUCUGAUUGCGAAGCGCGAAUCGAGUCACGAGUACGAUUAGGCUUUACACCACACACACACACACACACACACAUAUUUCCGAAUUAGUCCGUAGUCUGUAGCAAUUCCCGGGGUCGGGAUAUAUAUGCGGAGCCAUUCAGCUAGUACUUUAAACUUUACUUUUCCUUAAUCACACCUUUGUUCUUAGAGGAUCCUUACAAAAAAAAAGAAGACAAAACCGAAGGCAAUGGCAGUGGAGGGUAAAAUCUCAGUAUGUGAACUUGGAUACCAACACAUUCCCCUCCUCCUCCUCGUUGUGCCCGUCCAGCCGCCAGCCAAGGAAUACACUUGUAAAUAAAUGAAAAUAUAAAAAGCCCGCUGCUAUAAACGAUGCAAACCCCUCCCCCUCCUCCUUGUUUUAAGAUAUAUAAAUAUAAAUCAAUACAUUUAUGUAAUUACUUAUAAUUUUAUGAAUAUAACAAAGCUUUAAUAUGUAAAA